AUGAUAGAAGACACCCAGUUGACGGAGGAAAUCCUCAACGCAGAGCUGUUGAACGAGAAUAACGAGCAGACCACCCUUCAGGCAGAAAUCGAAAAGAACAAGGAACUCAAUGGAGUGGUAAUCUUCGUGUAUCCUAAAGCAGACACACCAGGAUGUACCGAACAGGCCAAGCUGUACAAGGAGAAGUUUGAGGAGUUCACGUCCAAUAACUAUGCUGUGUAUGGAUUGUCCGCCGAUUCAGCUGAUGCGCAGCUAAAAUGGAAGGAGAAAUUGGAACUGCCCUUUGGACUGCUCUGUGACGUGGAGAAGAAUGUGCUAAACUUAAUGGGAUUCCUGAAGGAGGACGAGAAAAUUGCCCGAUCACAUGUAGUGAUAAAGAACGAUUCUGUUGUGUCGUAUUUUAAAAAAGGGGUGAAACCAGGAAUGUCCGCAGAGAACGUGCUGAACUUUAUUAUUAAUGGAGAGAAAGAAGAGGACAAUGCGAAUGCAGAUGGAAACGAUGAUGAUGCAGCUGAGGAUGAGACGGAAGGUGGAAACGUUAAUGGAGACAUUAAGGAAGAAGGUAAUGAAGACGGAGAGGAAGGAGAUACCAAAGUUGAAGGCACAGAAGGUAAUGAAGAAGAAGGAGGAGAAAACAACGAUGCUGAAGGGGAAGGAAAGAAUGAUGAAAAUGGCAAAGUGAAGGCGGCUGCUUCUUCAUCUGCAUCGAAGAAAUCAAAAGGUGGUGCUUCUGCAGGAGGAAAUGCUGCAAAGAGCAAAAAGAAAACCGUUAAGAAAAGCAACAACGCAGGAAGCAAGAAUAGCAAAGCGGCCAAGAAAGGAACGGCUGUGAAAAAAGAAAUAAAGAAAAAAGGGAACAACAAAGGACAACAGCAAAAGAAGAAUGGAAAGGUGACACCGAAGAAUAAACUUGCCAAAGGAAAGAUGGCAAAUACGAAAAAAGGAGGCUCAGGUGGAAAUGUUAAAAAAGAGAACAAAAACAACAAGAACAACAAGAACAAUAAAAAUGUGAAGAAUAACGCAGCAAAGAACAGCAAAAAUAACAGUAAGGCAAAUAAAAAUAUGAACAAGAAAAAUGUCAACAGCAAGGAUAAACAGAAAGGAGGAGCUGGGGGCAAAGUGAAGGGCAAAGGUGGAAACGCAAAUGCCAAUAAAAAAUCCAUGAACAAUAAUAUGAACAAGUCAGGUGGAAAGAAAAACGUCAAAGGAAAGGAGGCAAAUAAAAAAGUUGCCAACAAGAAAAUAGACAAGAAGAACGUGCAGGUGUCUAAGAAGAGCAACAGCGCCGCGGGAGGCAAAAACAAAAAUGCAAACAUAAGCAAGAACAGCGCGAAGAGCAACAAGAACGCGAAAAAGAUGGUCAAGAAAAAAUGA